AUGACAUCUCAUCCAGAUACUCAGCCAGCUCAGUCGGAAGAUCAGCCUCAGGCCAUCACCAGCAAUGACUGGCCUCGAGACUAUCUGUCCGACAAUGAGGAAAGCCGCGGCGACACCACCUUUUGGGAGGAUGGGAUGAACACACGAGCGCGUGUCAAAGGUGACGGCCGUCUCGAUAUCAGAUUCCGCGAACACACCCCCAACAUCGCCAAUCUCCUCGAGCGCAUCCACAAAGCCAUCCCGCAUCACCACCGCGAUCGCAAGAAACACGAAGACCUCAUCUCCUCCUCCUCCAGCCAGGCAAGCGCAAGAGAAAAACAAAAACAGAAAGACACCCACUGCCCCCUCAACCUCAACAUCGUCAUCCAAGUCAUCGGUUCCCGCGGCGACAUCCAACCCUUCGUCGCCCUCGGCCAGGCACUCCAGAAACACGGCCAUCGCGUCCGUCUCGCCACCCAUCUCGCCUUCAAGGACUUUGUCUGCGACCAUGGCCUCGAGUUUUUCUCUAUCGGCGGCGAUCCAGCCGAGUUGAUGGCGUUUAUGGUGCGGAAUCCCGGGUUACUGCCUGGGAUGAGCACGAUACGGAGUGGAGCGAUCCAGAAACGCCGUCGCGAGAUGAAGACGAUUUUCGCGGGCUGCUGGCGAUCAUGCUAUGAGACUGGCGAUGGCACAGGACUGCAUCAUGUUCCGGAGGAUCCGUGGAGCGAGACGGUGGAUUAUCGCCAACGACCGUUUGUGGCGGAUGCCAUCAUUGCGAAUCCGCCGAGUUAUGCGCAUGUCAGUUGUGCGGAGAAGAUGGGGAUUCCGUUGAAUAUGAUGUUUACAAUGCCCUGGUCCCCAACACAAGACUUCCCCCAUCCCCUCGCCAACAUCCAACCACACAAUGCCACCCACUCGGUCGCAAACUUUGCCUCGUACGCGAUUGUCGAAAUGAUGGUCUGGGAGGGUCUCGGCGAUCUGAUUAACAAAUUACGGAAACGAGAACUCGGCCUGGACCCGUUGGAUGCGGCGAGAGCACCGAGCUUGGUGCAUCGACUGGGUAUUCCGUAUACGUAUCUCUGGUCUCCCUCUCUCCUCCCCAAACCAAAAGACUGGUCAGAUAAGAUCGAUGUAUGUGGAUUCAGCUUCCUAGAUGCUGCAUCAGACUAUACACCCCCCGACGACCUGGCUCAGUUUCUCAAUGACGGCCCACCACCAAUCUACGUCGGCUUCGGCUCCAUCGUCGUCGACAAUCCCAAAAAACUCACCCGCACCGUCUUCGAGGCCAUCCAGCGCACCGGCCAACGCGCCCUCGUCGCAAAAGGCUGGGGAAACCUCGGCAGCGACGAGCUCGACGUCCCCGACUCCAUCUUCAUGAUCGGCAACUGCCCGCACGACUGGCUCUUCCAGCACGUCUCCUGCGUCGUGCACCACGGCGGCGCCGGCACCACCGCCGCAGGCCUAAAAGCGUGCCUACCAACCGUCAUCGUGCCGUUUUUCGGUGAUCAGCCGUUUUGGGGCGGGAUUGUUGCAAAGGCCGGGGCGGGGCCGACGCCUGUGCCGCAUAAGGAGUUGACGACGGACAAGUUGGUUGAUGCUAUUAAUGCUGCGCUGGAGGAUUCUACGAAGGAGAAAGCGAGGGAGAUAGGCGAGGCGAUGCAGGAGGAAAAGGGGAUCGCGAAUGCGGUGGAUAGCUUCCAUCGGCAUCUGGAUAUUGAUCGGCUACGGUGUGAUAUCUGUCCGACGAGGCCGGCGGUUUGGUGGGUGCGACAUGUGCGGAUUAAGCUGAGUAUGUUUGCUGCGACCGUUCUUGUGGAAGCUGGUCUGGUGCAAACUCGUGAUGUUGUUCUAUAUCGCUCGCAAGAAUACGACACCACCCGCGACCCCCGCGGCCCUCUCUCCGCCGGCGCAGAAGUCCUCUACGGCGCCAUAUCCGACUUUGUGACCGGCCUUGUCGACGUCCCGGGGGGCAUGCGCGACGUGAUCACAUCCACCCGCCACGCCCACGAACACCGCCCCUUCCACCGACCACACAUCCGCCGCCACAGACGAUCAAGCACGGCCCAUGAAGCCAAAGACACAGACUCGACAUGCAUGGACUCGGAUGGCGAGGACGGCCUCAGAUUAACAAUAACAACAACCCACGAACCGGUCUCGCGGACGCGCGAAGUAUUAACCGAGACCGGCUUCCACGUCGGCCAGUGCGGGAAACAUAUUCUCAACUGGCUGAUUCUGCUACCGACGGAUGUGACGCUGAGUUUGUCCAAGGGGUUUCAUAACGCCCCGAAAUUGUAUAAUGAUGCGAUGGUGAAGAAGACGCCGCAGGUUAUUGGGGUGAAGACGGGGUUGAGGGCUGCGGGAUGGGAAUUAACACACGGCUUUUACUACGGUAUAACGGGCCUUAUCACGCAGCCGCACUUUGGUCUGCAAAAGUCCGGCGCAACUGGUUUACUCAAGGGAGUGGGGAAGGGCAUUGGGGGUGUUAUUCUCAAGCCUGUAGCUGGCAUCUGGGGACUGGCUGGAUAUCCGCUGGACGGACUACACAAGAACCUGCAACGAUCGCUGUCGAAAAGCAAAACGAAAGACAUCCUCUCCUCUCGCAUGGCACAGGGUGUCGAGGAAAUGUGCAAAUCGUCAUACGAAGAGCGGGUGAUGGUGUUUCAGCGAUGGCGAGAGAUUCUCCAGACGAAGCAUGCAAAGAACGGACAUACAUAA